AUGGCAAGCAGAGCCUCUCUCGACCUGCCGAGAACUCGACAGCAGCCGCAUGCUAUUCAGACAACGCAUCUCGGCCUCUCCCAAUCGUCUCUGAACAAUCCUCCCGGAUCCCCGUCAACAUCGCAUCCGCGGGACCCAAACUUGGACAGCAACCUCGAACAGGAUCGAAGUGUACCUGAAGCCAAGGCGGACCAUCAAAGAUUCGUUCUGACAGACUCUGUGGCUUUUCGCUAUCUUCAGGACGAUCCUGCGAUCAAAGUUCUCGCCAAUAGACGAGAGCUGCGCGGAUACGAAUGCUAUAUUGUCGAGCAAUGGACCACUUCCCGCUCACAUCCGACCUUUGUCCUGACCACAUAUACCGGAGAUCCUAAGCAUGUGGUCAUUGCGGGAGUCAUCAGCGUACCCACAGACGAGAAGAGCUGGUCUCCGAGAUUGCGGGUCUACUUCAAGGCACUCAAUCAGUAUCACGCCAGACGGCAAGAGACGCCACUUGGAAUCUUGAUGGUCACAAAUUUGGCCGGCUUCCCAUCAUCCUUGACUGUGUUACCUGUGCCUGAUGGAGAUGUCUCAAAACAUCGCUAUGAUUUCUUCCUCAGCGAGAAUCUGAAACGGCUCGGCUGUUCAGGCAGAGUGGGCUUGUCAUUAUCUCAACCAGCGGCUUCGACCAUCGCCAAGUUUCAUCAACUUUACCGAACGAGCGACCGUAACGAGGCACAUCAGGCGGUCGUCGAAUUGGUCACACUAUGUCAGAGCGCCUUGUCCCUCUUCGACAAGCUCGAGAUCGACUAUGCCGAUGGUUUGCUAUGCGAUGUGACGGAACGGGCCAUCAACGAUUGGUGGGUGGAUAUGGGAAGCGAGCAGUACAACGUCGAACCACAUGAUGGUAUACUGGGUCCGACUACAGUGGCGGGUCUUUUGGGGCUGCUAAUGGGAGCCCGCAAUCGCCUUCACGCGGUCAAUGCACCUGUGACGAAAGAUCCGUUCGAUGUGGAUGCCAUGAAGCGUGGGAUUGGCGCUUUUCAGAAACAGCAGCGGAUACCACGGACCCGACGACUAGAUCGAAGAACGCUGAAUCAACUCCAGAAGGUCACACAGAAAGCAGCGGACAAGGAGCGAUGGGCUGUUCCAAAAGCGGUGAAAUCAACUGUCGCCGAGUUGAGCGGCAAAGGCGGCGAGAUGGUAAUGGAUGCAGUAGGACGACGCGAUCGGGCAUCCAUUGCUGAAAUCGAGACUGUCGAUAUCGACCGCUUCGCGCAGCUUGUCUACGGUGAUCGUUGCAAAUGGUUGUGGCACGGCAAAGCUAUCAAAAAGUCAAAGACUGGCGACAAACACCCACGCAGUCCUGAUAAAGACCAAGAAGCUCCACACCUCAACAAAGAUCUGGUUUUCAAGUCAGAUGAACACGGCGGUUUCACGUGGACAUCCGGCCGGAAGAGCACAGUCGAUGGAGCAGCGCCACAAAAGCGCGAGCAGGAACGUCAUAGCGAUGAUGUCUCUCGAACCCCUGGUACUCCCGGCGAGGAUGGCACCGAGACGGACAAUGACGCACCGAAGCAAUCUCUGAUCAAACGAGCAACAGGCCUCCGCCAUGAUGCAAAGAGCGGGCUCGGUAAAGUCAAGGAGGCGGUUGGGCUUCGCGGCCACAAAGCUAAGACUUCAACCGACGAGAACAUUGCAGUGUCUCCAGUCAAUGCCGGAAAGCGACCAUCAAUCGCAAGGGCAUAUACUACCCCUGUAAGCAGUCCUAGUAGUCCUCAGGCACAAUCGAGGAGGGAGUUUGAUGCUCCAGUUCCUGCGGCGGUCGAACAGACGAACAGACUCAGUCGGGCGAUCGGCAGGAAGCGAACUAUCACAAACGAGUCCAUCCCUCAGAUUUCUAUACAUACGAGUACAUCCGCCGAGAGCUUACCGACCGCCACACCCGCGGAAAAGCAGCACCAAACUGGAUUGGUCGACCAGAAGCAGGGCACCGAUCAGAAUUCGAACACAACAACGUCACUCACCAACGUACCCUCAACCUCAAAGACUGUAUACCAUGGCGUCGAUCUAGACGCUACUCUCCCUACAGGUCCAGAAACCGAGCUCCCGACCACAAACCUGCUACGCCGCACGCUCUCCUCUAGCGCAGUCCACUCAUCAGACCCCACCGCAGUGAACCCUUCCAUUCACCCUCGCAACCUCUCCUUCUCGCUCGCUUCCUCCAGCGUCCUUAGCUGGCCCACCCUUGACGACUCCGACUCCGAAGAUCCAAUCUCCUCCCUCCCCGCUCAACUCGCCAGCGAAAUAUACCUCGCCAAAGAAGCCAUCCUACUCCGCUCCGCCAUCACAGAACUGCACUCCACCACCGCAACCUGGACGUUCUCACAAAUCUCCGCCCUUGACGCCAUUCUCGUCAAGUCGACUUCCGACCAGGAGGUUCUAGAUGCACUCUACGAGCCGCACCUCCACUCCGUGCGAGAGUGGCAGACGCAGUCGGAAGGUCUGAUGAGGAGUGAGAAGGAGAGAUUUGAGGAGGCGGGGAAGGAGGUGGAGACUUUGGCGGCGAAGUUGGAGUAUGAGAUUGCAGGAUUGAGAGGGAGGGUGGAAGAUGUCAAGGUUGGGGUGGGAGAUUUUGAGAAAGGAGUCAGGAGGGUGGAGGAACGGGUUGUCAGUUCACGCAAUCAAAUCAGCCAGCACACUACCGUCGACUUACGCCAUCCCUUCCACAAGUACCACGAACGGGAUUACCAUUGCCGUCGGGACACGAGCACGAAUGCUCCAGGUGCUUUUUGCAAAUGGUGGACCUUAGGCAGGUCGCCGGAAUAG